AGACCCUGAAUGGACGCAAAGGAGACAUCGGUUCUAUUGAACUCUGGAGCUCUGUCUGCACAACCUGCUGCUCUGUCCGUGUAGAAUGUCGCACAAGAAGAUGCUGCAAUGCUCCAUGGGAGCUCUGCUUCUCCUCUUACCCUGGUUUGGUGGCCGGGUCCUGGGAGAGAUCAGCAAGGACUUCUCCCAGUGCCUUGAUUUCUUCUAUAAGGAAACUCCACCCACAGGUAUCCCAGCAGAGGGGUACCAGCCAAUAUGCCAGCGCUACCAAAACCAGUACCGCUUUGCGAGCCUGUAUCACCGUGAGCAUCAUUCCCCUCUGUACUCUGCGUACAUACUCAGUCCUCCAGAUGGCAAGCGGCCCAAAUCUACCUGGAUGUUUGAACCUCAGUUGGCGUUUUCCAGUGACAGCAAAGAGAUGCAAAUCUUCCACCCCCACAUGAACAAGAAUGUGAUCGAGAGCCAGGCGAUGGAAGAGGACUACACAAACUCCACAACACUACACAACAUCACCAAAGGCCAUCUCAAUCCAAGCGGGCACCAGAAGACAGAAGAAGACCGCAAGGCCACCUUUACACUCACUAACAUUGUCCCACAGGAAGAGUUCUCCAACUCCGGACCGUGGAGUGAUCUGGAGCAAGAGGUUUUAGGAAAAUUCAAGGCCUUCUGCAGCGGGACUAUGCAUGUGAUCACCGGAGUCAUGCCGUACGAGUCGAAACCACGCAGGAUCAACAACAGGGUUUCUGUCCCUGAGUACAUGUGGUCCGCCUACUCCUGCCCAUCCUUCAGAUCCGACCUUCCUGAGCAAGAGAAGCCCUUUUUCCCCACGUAUGCUGCAGUGGGAAGGAAUGAUCGUAGCAGUGGAGAGGAGUUUGUGCCAGUUAACGUCAAGGCGAAACCCUAUGUGAGGGGCUACGAUGUGAGGCGCAUGUCCUUACAGGAGCUGGAGGACAUCCUGAGUAAGAGGCUGAAUGGGACCAUCACUCUGUUCAAUGGACAGUGCAAGUAUGAAAUGUCUCUGUGGUGGGUGUGCGCUGCUGUAUUCACCAUGUGCAGCACAUCUUUUCUUCUUUAAUUACUUGAAUGACCGUUCUAAUCAGAAAAGGAAAUACAUUUUUCAAUGAUUUUAUUUUUCCCUGUUAUGUUGUCACCCUGUAACAACUGACCCUGUGAUUUUACUAAUGGAACAAGACAAUAAAUAGGUGAAGAGCCUUCUUAAUAAACAAAUUGAAUAUUGAUUUUCUGUUGAAGUAUCCACUUUGUUUAUUAUACACAUGCAAACACCUC